CUACUUCACGGCCGACGGCCAGUCCUCAAUCAUGGGGCUCUGUGUUACAGCGCGAGUGUUUUUUGUGUUUGUUGGUUUUGUGCAGUGUCAUAGGCAUCUGGAUUCGGGAAAGGACUUAGCUUUUAAUCGAGGUAGACCUCCAAGUGAAGAUGUUUCAAACUAUCUUCACUCCUCUUCAGCUUCCAGAGAAUCUCCUCUUAGGUUCUCUCAGAUCAGGUCACGGAGACAAACGAAGAAUGGCAAUUCUGAAUUCAGUUGGGUCCAUAGAUUUACUAUAACGGACAACCAACCCACUAGCUUAACCAAAGAGACGGCAUUCGUGUGGCAGGAUAGUACCAAGAGGUUGAAACACGCCUUAGAAAAUGACGCUGUCAUCCAAUUCCUGAAGCCUACGGGCUUGAGGAUAGCGAUACCAGCAAACAGUGUAAAUAUGAAGAUCGUCGAUUUUCGCGCCAAACUAAAUGACGAAUUUCGCACCAAUGAGGGUGGACAUUUUCUAGUCAAUAACUACAAAAGAGAUGGCAUGUGGAUCUUUGAAAUUCCUCAGCUGAAACUGAAAAACAAAGACCAACUGUAUUACUGGAUGCGACUGGCUCUCAGUAAAGAAGCUUUCGACGUUGUUGUCAAAGGGGUUGUGGAGAUAACUAGUGGGAACCCCCAUGUUAGUGACCCCCAAGGUGAGCCCAUCCCGUUUAGACCGACAUCCCCUGUUCUCUCGCCUCAAAACUACGGGGUGAGCAAUUCCCCGGCUAACAACAGAGGAGGUUUUGCUUGGAACCACCAGUUUACCAUCAACGCGACGUAUAGUAAUACAUUCACAAAGGAGUUUGCUACAAACUGGCAACAGCACGCAGAGUUUAUAAAACGAUUUUUAGAAAAGAAUAUUAACUUUCAAUUUCAAACACCAAGCGGUUUAAUUAUUUCUAUUCCAGAUGACAGUUUACUUGUCUCGGAUUUUCGCCUUAAACUGAACGAUGAGUUCAGGGAAAAUGAUUUAGGACACUUCGCCCCGACACUGUACAAGAAUGGUAACAUGUGGACCUACUAUAUUCCUCAGCUCCGCAUACAACAAGGAGACAGGGUCUACUACCAAAUGAUGGUCAAGAGGAUCAAGGACGGGUUUGAUGCCAUCGUUAGAGGACUUCUUGAAAUAAGGCAAGGAGAUCCACAUACGACGUCCAAUACGGUUACCCAGACAUCGGGUUCAUACCAAUAUAAUCAGAAGGGUCAAGUAUCCAACACAUACUCUCCAGUAGGAAAUGUACAACAACCAAUAAUAAAUCAACAGCAGCACAUAGGAAACAUACCACAGCCGAUUGGAGUAAUAAAACAACCUGUAGGAAAUACGCAACAAUUAUCAAACGUAAACCCAAUAGUGAUUGUGCAACAACCAAGUGGAAAUGUUCAACAAUCAACAGGAAACGUACAACAGCCAAUGGGAAAUGUACAGAAGCCAAUAGUAAAUGGCCAGCAGCCAAUAGUAAAUGCCCAGCAGCCAAUAGUAAAUGUACAAAGACCUACUAUUCCUUCUAACGGUGACCAGUUGGAAAUAAGUGAUAGAUUUGGAGAUUUUGAUGGCAGUGAUAGGCAAGAAUUUAAGUGGAACCACAAGUUCAGCAGUAUAAAUUUAAACAAAACGUCAGAGGCAGGAAUCACCCCGAGCUCUGGUAACUGGGCAGAUCAAGCAGACGAAUAUUUCAAGAAAACACUAGACAGGGAUAUCAACUUUGAGUUUUUAAAUCCUUCUGGUCUGAGGAUUUUACUAUCUGGUGAAGAUAACAAUUUAAGAGUAUUGGCAUUUCACGUCAAGUUAAAUGAAGAGUUCAAAAGCUUUGACAGUGGCCACUACCAAGCAAACAUUUCUAGAACUACGGAUGGGACUUUGAGCUACUACUACCCCAAUUUAAAGCUGAAACAGGGUGACAAUGUUUACUACUGGAUGAAAGUCACUUUCGGCAGGGAAAUGUGGUACUACAUAGUCAAGGGACUUCUGGAAAUAAAAUUGGGCAACCCUCAUAAAGUCAUCAAUUCUAUUGGUACAACUCCAGCCCCCCGACCAACCUAUGCCGGACCUUCCGUAGGGAAUGGACUGGGAAAUCAACCUGUUCGAUGGGAGCACAUAUACUCUAUCAACAAGACGUCUGAUGAUUUACCAGCAUUCAAUUCUCCAGAAGAAGCUCAACUUUUGAAACACACGUUUGAGGACGAUAUAGACUUUAAAUUUCUUAACCCAUCAGGAUUGAACAUUUUAUUUUCAGGUGAAAAUAAAAACUUCAGACUUUUGGCACUGAACAUUAAGCUGAACGAAGACUUCGCCACUCUAGGCCCAGGAGACUACGUAGCCAACAUUACCAAAGUGAGGGACGUGCAAUUGAGCUAUUACUACCCGAACUUGAAGAUCAAACUAGGAGACACACUCUACUACUGGAUGCGCGCAAUGCUUGGGAGAGACAGGGCAGAUUAUAUCAUAAAAGGACACCUUAAGUUGACGCAGGGAGAUCCGCACAUCGGAGGACCGGUUCCUGACGUUCCUCCACCAGUCAUCUGGACACAAGCACCACCUUCACCAACAGAGCCUUCCGUCUGGACGAACCAGCCAUCCCAAGUACAAUAUCCUGUUAAAGUACCGCCUCCAAACCCUCCUUCGGGAGCGCAAACAAACUCUCCACCUCCGCUAAAUGAACCUCUUAAAAGACCAACUCAGCCACCCCUUCAGAACUACCAGAGAGCAGCACCUCUGCCGUUGUCCCUUCCACCAAAUUCCCCCAUUCCUUGCAGUUCAGGGGUGUACCCAGAAGGAACUUACUGUCAAGACGGAGUGGUCCGUUUCAGGGAUGGCGUUCACGAAAUCAUCGUUGCAUAAAAUCUGGAUGUUUGGACCGACAUGAGACACCCAAUGCAUCCUUCAUUUCAUGCACAUCAAGAAUAUCAAUAAUAUAUACUUUGUUUUCAAAGUGGUUUUAAUUAUUUUAUUUAUUAUCAAUAAAGGAAUGAUAUCGUUA